AUGCUAACACGGCAGACAUUUAAAAGGGUAUUAAUGAACCCUCAACAGCGUGGUACUGUCAAACGCGUGGCUGUUAUCGGUGGAGGUUUCAGUGGGUGUUCAACUGCCUACUUUCUGCGACUUCUCCUUGACAAGGCGGUGGCCAUCACCAUUUUCGAGAAGUCCGGUCGGGUGGGUGGUCGCGUUCGGUCGAUUAGCGUCGAAGGUGGCAACGAGUUGUAUGAAACAGGUGGAGCUCUAUACACCAGCAACAACCAAUACAUGAGUAUGCUUGUCAAUCAAUUCGGUCUGACAGCACAGCGUCACGUGCCAUCGGAUGAGGCGCUGUCGCUGUACAUGGGACGCCUACGCCCCUGCGCUUUCAGCAGCAACGCGGGACCUCUAUUCAUCAAUCGCCUGCGCUUUGCCCUCCUCUAUGGCACUGACCUCGUGCGCUUUCAGCUUGCUAUCGCGCGCCACUGCCGGGCCUUUAAACAAAUAUACGAUUUGCAGAAGAAGGGUGUGUCGUUUGACUCCCCCAUCGCUAUGCUUGGAGCUCUCUCACCGGUAUUUCCGAAAAUGCUGAAGUCUACUUUCGGAUCUUGGUUGGAGCAGCAUCUCAAAUUAUCAGAUCGUUUCUGCAAGGAAGUUGUUUAUGGCGUGGUGUCGAAUUGCUAUUGCUCAGAUCUCACCCUUCAUGCGUUUGCUGGCAUGACCGCUGCGAGCGGGCUCGGUGCCGACCUCUUCUCCGUUGUUGGUGGGAAUGAAAAGGUGGCUCAGAAACUCUGUGAGGCCGCUCUCCGAUCAAACCCACCGAGUAUUUCUAGAGAGGUUUCGCUGAGAACUACGGUCACCAAGCUUUCCAGAGGUUCGAAGCGGAGAUUUUUGGUGACAUACAAAAAUGAUGGUGUUGAGAAGAGCGAAGAAUUCGACUUUGUGGUGCUGGCUUUCCCGAUACACGAGAAAGCGUCAGCAGUACCACACACUAAUGAAGACCUUUCCAAGUACCUGCCUUCGAGAAAGAAGUAUAUUGAAGUGGAUUUCACUCACUUUCUUGGUGAAUUGGAAGCCAUGGAGUUUGGUCUUCCUGCUGGGAAACUUCAAUGCCGAGGAAGCAACGGGGUGACAAUCCUGCCGACGUACGAGGGCUAUGAGGUGGAGAAGGGCACACUAUUCAAGUACCUUGGUCGAGCGUGGUCCACUGCAGCGCACGAGGGAGGCAACACGAAGACGCGUGUGGGCUGCUGGUCGGCUUUCUCACUCCCACAACGUACUCCCGAGCCGGGCCGACAACUGCUAAAGCACUAUGCCAAGCCCAACGCCACUCUCAUAAACUCCUCCCGCUGGUUUGCCUACCCUAUCUUCUCUGUCGUCCAGAAUGAUCUGGAGAAAGCAUAUGGGAAAAUCCUACUAACUGAUGGCCUUAUUUACGUCAAUUCAUUGGAAAGUCUUGCAUCCAAUAUGGAGAUGGCCCUCAUUGGUGGUCACAAUGCGGCUCUUCUAAUUGCCCACAGCGAGGACUUCACAACCUUCGAUCAGUAG